UUUAAAAGGAGAUCAAGUCGUGCUCAAGUCGUGUCUCUGACUCACUUAUUUCCCAGGCUGGACAGGUGUAAUAAUCCCCACUGAACAUCUGCAUGCUGGAACGUUUGUAUUCAUCGUGAAGAUCUGAAGAAGCUGCUGGACUUCUCAGUCCAAGACGACGCAGGAGAAAAAGAGGCGCAAAGACCAUUUGAAGCCUCUGAAGACUUUUUACCCUGAAAAAAAAAGAAAGAACACAAGAAAAGAAAAGAAAAACGGCGUUUUCAGCGAGAUCAAGACUUUUAAAGAUGACUGGUUUCUGAACCACACCAGGGGAAGACGCACAAGUCCUUUCAUAGCCGGCGACUCUGACGAACGACAGGCAGACAAAACAGACAAAAACUCCAGCAUGGACUCGGGAAAGCAAAUAACGUUCCCGUUGAUGAUGACCGUCGGGACCGCGGUCAUCGGCUCCCUGCAGUUCGGCUACAACACGGGAGUCAUCAACGCCCCUCAGAAGAUCAUCGAGAACUUCAUCAACACGACGUGGUUCGACCGCUACGAGGAGCCCAUCACCGAAAACUCCCUCAAGGCCAUCUGGUCCAUCUCCGUCGCCAUCUUCUCCGUCGGUGGCAUCUUCGGCUCUUUCUCCGUCGGACUCUUUGUCAACCGCUUGGGGAGGAGGAACUCGAUGCUCAUCGCCAAUAUUCUGUCUUUCAUCGCAGCCGCUCUGAUGGGCUUUUCCAAGAUGGCCGGCUCCUGGGAAAUGCUCAUCGCCGGCCGCUUCGUGGUGGGCCUGUACUCCGGCCUGUCCACGGGCUUCGUCCCCAUGUACGUGGGCGAGGUCUCGCCCACGGCCCUGCGCGGCGCCCUGGGCACCCUGCACCAGCUGGGCAUCGUCCUCGGCAUCCUCAUUGCGCAGAUAUUUGGAUUGGAGAUGAUCAUGGGCAACGAUGACCUUUGGCCGCUCCUGUUGAGCUUUAUCUUCAUCCCCGCGAUAAUACAGUGUAUCCUGCUGCCCCUGUGCCCCAAAAGCCCCAGAUUCCUGCUCAUCAACAAGAACGAGGAGAACAAGGCCAAAGCAGUGCUGAAGAAGCUCCGAGGCACCACGGACGUGAGCGCCGACAUGCAGGAGAUGAAGGAGGAGAGCCGGCAGAUGAUGAGGGAGAAGAAGGUGACCAUCCCGGGGCUCUUCCGCUCCACGCUGUACCGCCAGCCCCUCCUGAUCGCCGUCAUCCUGCAGCUCUCCCAGCAGCUGUCCGGCAUCAAUGCCGUUUUCUACUACUCCACCCACAUCUUUGAGAAGGCCGGCGUGGCUCAGCCGGUCUACGCCACCAUCGGAGCCGGGGUUGUUAACACCGCGUUCACUGUCGUAUCCUUGUUUGUCGUAGAGCGUGCAGGACGCAGGUCCUUGCACCUCCUGGGACUUCUUGGAAUGGCGUUCUCUGCCGUCCUCAUGACUAUCGCCUUGGCUUUGCAGGAGCAACUCAAGUGGAUGUCCUACUUGAGCAUCGUGGCCAUUUUCGCCUUCGUGGCCUUCUUUGAAAUCGGACCGGGUCCCAUCCCCUGGUUCAUCGUGGCCGAGCUGUUCUCGCAGGGGCCCAGGCCUUCGGCUAUGGCUGUUGCCGGUUUUUCAAACUGGACUGCCAACUUCAUCGUGGGAAUGGGCUUCCAGUACCUCCAGGCGGCGUGCGGCGCUUACGUGUUCAUCAUCUUCACCAUACUGCUGCUCGUGUUCUUCGUCUUCACGUAUUUCAAAGUGCCGGAGACCAAGGGCAGGACGUUCGACGACAUUGCCGCCGGAUUCCGCCAGGGCGCCGGCACGGGAGGCGAGAAGCACUCGCCGGAGGAGCUCAACAGCCUCGGCGCCGACUCCCAGCUCUGAGCCACUGCUCCCAAAACUUUCUAACAAAAAAACUCUUUGGCAGUCCGAGAGCGAGCCGGAAGGGAUCUACUAACUAGACGUAGUAGACAGAUCCACUGGUAGAAUAAUUUUCACUCUUGUCACCACAUUUCGGAGCGUCGCCACCAAACACAGAACAGACCUGCGUGAGAUUCUCUAAAAACCACGUCUUCCAUUGCGCCUCCCGUGUCUCGCAAUAAAAAAAAAACAACAACAAAAAAAACAAGAACUGAACAAGAGGAGAUAUUGAGAGGGGAGUUGAAGAUGGAUGGGGAAGGUUUUUAAUUUUAUAAAGAUAUAUUUAAAGAAGGAAAAGGUGUGUCUGCAUCAAUCAACCAGCCUUUUUUUAAUGACUUUUUCACUGAGUAUAUUACUGAUAUUUGCUUAUCCUGUUUUUUUGUGCUGUUACUUCACAGUGAGCUUGACAUUAUCUGGUGAAAGAUUGCUGUUGCUAUAGAAUUAAGUCCACUGUGCGUCAAUAGUUUUCAUUUUUGGUGGCUUUUUUUUAAUCGAUUAAUUUCCCCCCUGAUAAAACUGUAAUUCUGUAUCACUGUCGACUCUGGCGCCACAGAUGCUGCGCGGCAGUACUCGCUCUCUCCACCAGAUGGCGCACUUCCUUUAAAAAAAGUGGAAACGCUCCCCUUAAACGACGUGUUAUAUUUUUAUAUAACUCUUGUAAGUUACUGACCACAAAAACUGUGACAUGUUGCUCAAAUGUGAUGAUGAUUUGAAUGUUUUUAAGAAAAUCCACAAUUUUAACACAUUUGUUACUUGUUUUCUUCUCAUUCUGUCUUUUAAAACACAUUUAACACCUAAAAUGUCCAUUUUUACACAAUAUAUAUUUGGUCAAAAAGCCAAUACCGCGUCAAAAUGAGAGAAGAGAAGUUUCUCCAUUCCUGUAUUUUAACACCAUUCCUUUUUUCUUUUUUUUUUUUUAAAGAGACGUUUGUGUUGAAAUGUGGAACUGUACUGUAUCUUCUCAAGUCAGUGUCAUAUUGCUGCACACAACAAUAAUUAUUUUUCUACCAUGAAACAUGUAACCGUUCAAUCAUCUGCAACAAAACCAGACAUCUGUGUCACUAAAGCACCAACUGUUGGGGCUCAGCGCAGCUUCUCUUUACGUAUUUCUCGGAGGAGCCUUUAGCGGGAGCCGCAUGCAGUUAUUCUGUGACAGAAAUGCAGCAGGUAAAGAAAUCUUUUGGACUUAAAUGACUGUUAUCAUCUUGGUUGAAACUCCCAGCAGUCCCUGUUUUUUAUUAUGUGUCCUAGUAAGUGGGCACUCAUUGCCGUGGCCGGUUUGGUUGGGUUUUGCCCUUUCAGUACUAAAAAAUCUGCAGUAUUGUGCAAGUUUUUCCUCUCUUGAGGUCAUGUUAUUUACUCUGCACAAAGAAGAAAAGAAAAUCCACUCUGCCUUGCUGCACAAAUGGCUGUCUAUCACUGCUGUAUCUGUCGUGGAACCUGUCUUACCUUCAGAGGCCUUGUUUGAGGAAAGUUUUCUUUUUAGCAGCACUUUAUUCUCCACCGUGAUAUGUCUCUGAUUCAAAACACUGAGGUCAAUUUAGUUCAUUCUUUUUCUUUCUGUUUUUAAAGCUCAGCACGUCAGCUUUCUUCCUAGAGAGGCUUAACAAGUACUGCUGAAGGAAUCGCUAUUAUGUCAGUAGAUGACGAUGGCUGGAGUUGGAUCAUGUCUUCACACCCGUUAUAUAUUUUUUUAUGAACACAGGAUAUCUCUGAGAGAAAAACAGAUCAAGACAUGAUCCAAAUUCAACACCAUGAGCAGAAAGCCUUUUAAUCAUUCCAGAUUUGGUUGUCAGUUUUAUGUAUCUUCUAGGUUACUAAAAGGGCCGGAUUUGCCAUCUGAUGACUGACUUUUAGAUAAAAAAGCACUGUAACCUCCACUUUUUGCACCUCUAUGUAGCUUUUGUGUAUCUUCACCAGCAAAAUCGCAUAGUGGCCUGAGCAUGCCCUUACUCACACAGACUGAUGCCUUCUGCUAACCUUAAACGCUGUAUUUUUUUGUAUAUAGAUUCACAAAUCUGUUCGGGCAUUGAACCUUUUUAAUGUAGCCUGUGAAGUCUCAGGACGCAGGUCGGUGGUCUAAAGACACGGGAUGUUGUAAAUAUGAAACACACUUUAGUUUCACCCACUCCAAAUAUAUCAAAUAUUUAACUUUUAGACGUUUUUUUUUUUUUUUUUUUGUAAUUUCAUAGAUAAAUUAUUAACAGUGUAGAGUUGUACAUCUUCAUCUUUUUAGAUUCUUUACUCUCUUCUGUUCCCUUUUGAUUUGACACAAGAUAUUUUUGCAGCUUCAUAAUUUUACAAUGAUUAAAUGUUAGAUUUUAUAUGUAGGGAUUGAGUAAUGUUUCCAUGUUAGUGCACAAAGCAUAUUGUAAUAUUUGCAAUACGAGACGUGUGCAUGUGGGCGAAGGAAUGUGGAAGCUUUAUUGAGGAAUGGCGUGUUUAGUUGGAUGAUGCUGUCAAUGGUUCACCAGUCGUGUGUAAAUGGUUUAUUGCCUGAAUAAAAGAAGUCACGAGUACAAA